CGGCAGGCGUCCCAGACGGACCUCUUACCUCUCGCCGUCGUGGCCCCCAGGUCGAGGUUGCCUGAGGCCCGGACGCUGCGUCGCCCGCCGUGGCGAACCCCGGGGCUGAGGGAGCCCGAAGCCAGCUCCGGGGCGGGGCUGCGCGGCCCCGCUCACGCCGCCAUCCGGGCCUCGGGAAGCCCGCGCUGGCGCUCCGAGGACCGGCAGUCCGAAAGGAGGCAGCGCUUCGCACUGGAGAGUAGGGCCGGAGUGGGGUGGCCUGAUUCUCAAGGGCCCUCCUCAGGACAGGGGAGAAAGAUGCAAACCAACCCCAUCUACAUCCCAACCGUUAGCAAUGACCCCGACUGGGACUUCUGCUUCAACCUGUCACAGCAAACCAGAAUUCCAGAAGACCAGCAAAUGGAAGAACUAUAUCCCACUUGUGGGUCACGAGAGAGUGAAGAAGACAUUACAGUCCAGAAAGAGGAAAUAGCUAUCGACUAUAUGUCUUUUCCCAAAGAGAAAUUAGCUGUGUCCGAGAAGAAUGUAGCUCAACUGAUUAAGGAAAAAAUGAAUACCCAGGCAAACAGAGAGCUGAUUCGAUGUGUCAUCUUCUCUCGGAUUAUAUUUGGAAAAGAACACUGGAAAUGGGCACAGGCAUUGACCAACUUGGCAUAUGGCUACCUGACACUGAGAGGCCUCCCAGCACAAGCCAAAAAACAUGCUGAAUCCGCCAAGAAUACACUCUUGACGUGGAAGGGAAAAACAACCUCACAGAAGGAGAAAAAGGAAAUCCUAGAAGCUCUGGUCGUGCUCUACUACACUCUGGGGGCGGCCUGGCUCCUACAGAACCAUGGCAGAGAGGCCUAUUUCAACCUGCAGAAGGCAUACAGAAACAUAAAGGAGCUGAAAGAAUUGAAUAAGGGAAAUGUUUGUGAAUUACGGGUCUCAGAGAAAGACCUAACAAUUGCACUGGGCAGGGCCUCCUUGGGUAUGCGCAGGUUGAACCUAGCUCUGACAUAUUUUGAAAAGGCAAUUGGAAGUGUUACCGCUGCCAAGGGUGAUGGCACACCAGAGCUGAUUGGUCCAUAUGAGGAGAUUGCUCAGAUUGAACAGCUGAGGCGGAACCACAAGCAGGCCAUCCAGUACUUGAAGCAGGCCUAUUCUAUCUGUGUUUCUUCAUUCACUGAAAUCAGCCCCCAAACCGCAGAGGCAGGCGCAUUAUUAGCCAAAGCUUAUGCCUUGUCUGGAGAGCCCCAGCACAGGGAGGCUGCUGAGGUAUAUUUUGUAAAAAGUAUCAAUGCAUAUCAAGCAACACUAGGCACAAAGAAUUGUGAAACAUUAAAUACCAUUGAAGAAUUUUGCAAGUGGCUUGCCCAGAUUGGGAAAAAGCAGGAGGCUUACAGACUGCUAAAGGCUUCACUGAAGUCCCAGGUCACCAGCUAUGGAGACUGUAGUGAGAAAGUGGCUGAAACAUUUUAUAACAUGGGCAGGAUCUGCUUUGCCAAAGGAGAACUCAGAAAGGCAAUCCAACUGCUGAGGAAGUGUCUGAUGAUUCAAAUAUUUAUAUAUGGAAAUGAUCAUAGUAAAAGCAGAGAGACAACAAGCCUUCUUACCCUAUUGCACAGGGCAACUAAGAGCCCACCCAGAUGGAGAAGAGAGGUCAUUCCAGAAAGAAGGAGCGCUGCAUGCAAAGGCAGGCAGGCCUGACAGAGGGUCGCAUGUGCAAGGAAUGGUCUUCUGCUGCCAGUGAAGAGAAUACUAUACUAUAUAAGAUGGUUGACAAUAAAGGCAACUGUUGACAAUAAAAAUUACUGAAUAUGAAAUACAUUACUAUGGGCAGCUGUGGCAGAGCAAAAGCAGAAGAGUACUAAAGGCUCUGGGGGGGAAUGCAUUUAGCAGCAGCAUUACAGGUAAAAAAGCC